AUGUGUUGCUCAUCAGCCCUCGCUCUCUCACGGUUGAGCAGUGAUGCGAUCUGCCGCUGCGGUACAGCUGCGUCGGCACCCGCGGCCGUGUCGCCAGUCGACGCUCCGGCGACAACAGCGGGGGGCGAAGAACUUCGGUCCGGGGGAAGGACAUCUGUAGGGCGACUGAGUUUGGGGACCGUAGAAUCCAAGUGUAGUGCCACGUUGGUGGCCAGAGGCCCGAUUUCACUGUCUAGUCGCGUCGGGAUCGCCGCGCUCAAGUCGAGAGCGCUACCAUCUCCCUCCCUGCUCUCGGGCUCAUGGCUUGAGAUUCCGUGGCUUCCGCGGUUGGCUCUUUUCCUUUUACGAGCCACUGAGGGAAGUCCGCAAUCAGCCACGGUUCUUGUCUCGGAAGCGAGGCCACGCCGCAAUCGCUUGCUUCUCCGGACCGGUGACUCCGGUUCCUCAUCCAGCCUCCCCCACCGGCGGCCCACAGUCAUCAGGCAGGCCGAAACAGUGGUGCGCCGACGGACCUGA